AGUGAAAAAAAUGAUGCCGAGGUUAUCAAUUCAAUUGAUCUUUGCAACUUGGAUACUUCCAUUUGUUUUGGGUCAAAAUCUUCUAGAAAUCUACAAAGCUAUGAUGGCUGAUCAAGCUUCUCGAGCAAAAACUCCACCAAUCAAUAUUGAGUUUUUUGGUGAAAGUUUAUGUCCAGAUACUACCAGAUACUUCCGAAAUCAUAUCAUGCCGGUUUGGACAUCUUUGCAGGCGUCUUCCACAAUUAAUAUCACUUAUCAUCCAUUUGGAUUAGCAUCUUGCAGACGGAGUGCAGAAACAGGAAUCAGGUGCAAUUGUCAACAUGGACCUGCAGAAUGUCAGUUGAAUAUGUUGCAAGCUUGUGUCAUAAGCACACUUCAAGUACCACAGCUAUAUCUUCCAAUUGUUAACUGCAUGCAGGGAAAAAAUAAAUUUUCUUCUGCUGUCGACGAUUGUAUUGUGAACUUCCGGCCAAGACCAGAUUUGGAUGAAAACUUCAUGGCUCGAUGUGCACAAAGUCAACUUGGAGCCAAAUUAAUGAUGCAGCAUGGUUAUAGACAGAAAGAAGUUGCUUCGGAACUUGAUUGGGUCCCAUGGAUUUUGAUCAAUGGAAGAAGAUCCCAAGCAGCAGAAAAUCAAUUGAAAACCAUAGUGUGCCAAUUCUCCGAAACAUCAAAGCAAGAAUACUGCAAGACACAAGAGGAACUUAUUUUCUAAAUUAAAAAUCGUUCUAUUAAUUCGUAGUGUUUUAUUUUGUCCUUACCGUUCCACACAACCAAAACUUGCUUUUUCCCACACUCGGCUCGUAUUACAGGUAAACUCAAUAAAAAUUGUCUCACAC